GCAUGGACCGUGCGGCAGUGAUUGCAAAAACGCGCCGUGCAUGGUUCAGUCCAAAUGUUCUAAGCAUUUUCCAAAGAAAUUCAAUGUACAUACUAACAUUGACGAGGAUGGUUAUCCUAAGUACAUGAGACGGGACGAUGGCAAAAUGAUUGUCAAAAAUCGUGUCCCACUUGACAACAGACACGUUGUUCCUCAUAAUAGGUAUUUGUUAAUGAAGUAUGGAGCUCAUCUUAAUGUCGAGUGGUGUAACCAAUCAAGGUCUAUCAAGUAUCUUUUCAAAUAUGUGAAUAAAGGUAAUGACCGUGUUACAGCUGCAUUUUAUGAGUCAUCAAAUAAGGAUGGCUCAGAAAAUCCCGUGGAUGAAAUAAAAUUGUACUAUGAUUGUCGAUACAUUUCACCGUGUGAGGCAAUGUGGCGUAUAUUAGGGUUUGAAAUACAAUAUAAGAAUCCAUCUGUUGAGCGUUUGAGCUUUCACUUUUCUGAUGAGCAGUAUGUAUAUUUUGAGGACGAGGAUACAAUGACAGAUGUUGUACAACGUGAAUCUGUUAAACAAAGCAUGUUUCUAGCAUGGAUGAAGGCCAAUGAUCAGUAUGUGGAUGCUAAAACUUUAACUUAUGCUGAAUUUCCUCAAAAGUUUGUUUGGAAGCCAGCAACCAGGGAAUUUUUUCCUCGGAAAAGGGGUUUUGCUUUGGGGCGACUGGCAUAUGUCCCUCCUGGAUCAGGAGAAUCUUUUUAUUUGCGAUGUAUACUGAAUUUUAAGCGUGGUUCUACGUCUUUCGCCGAUUUGCGAACUGUUGACGGGGUUUGUUAUGACUCAUAUCGUGACGCAUGUUAUGCAUUGGGUUUGUUGGACGAUGACAAAGAGUACAUCGAAGGUUUUACGGAAAGUAGUUUUUGGGCUUCUGCAUUGGGAUUGAGAGUUCUCUUUGUCAUUUUGUUAUUAGCGGAUACAAUGAGUAGACCUGAAUACGUUUGGGAGAAAUGUUGGAAUUUGAUGUCUGAUGACAUUCUACAUAGACAACGACGAGCUUUGCUACAUCCAGAAUUAAAGUUGACGGAAGACGAAAUAAAGAAUUAUGCAUUGCUUGAGAUUGAGACAAUGUUGAGGACUCGGGGAAGAAGCCUGAAGGACUACCCAUCAAUGCCAUUUCCUAAGUUCAGUAACGCAAACAUGUUUCAGAACAGAUUUAUUUAUGACGAGUUGCAAUAUGAUCAUGCAGAAAUGCGCAACGAGCAUGAAAAAUGUAUGGAGAGUUUGAAUGAGCAGCAAAGUGAAGUGUACAAGACUAUUAUUAAAUCAAUUGAGGAGAACAAAGG